CACUCGUGGUAAACAGAGAAGAGAAAGGGGGUUCGGGCUAAAGCGAUUCGAAAAGGAGCAGCUCUCCGGAAGUGGCUCAAGAAUUCAUUCCGCUAUUGUGUUACAGUUUGCGCGACAGCGAUCAAGGGACUUUUUUUUUUUUUUUUGCAGAUGUGGCAGCGGUUCACAUCGGCCUGGAUCAAACAAAAUGCAGCCACGAGACACAGCAGGCUCUGAGAUGGAAACUCGUCAAGAAGUCAGGGCGUGUUCACCCACAACUUUCUUGCAGCAGUUAAAGUGAUGACAGUGAACUUCUCUGUUAUCACUCCACAGUUAUUUACCUCAGGAUACCGAGACGGGUGUUGUGAUGUCCAUGUCGAGCCUCUGCUCUCUAUUAGGUGAUGUUUUUUUUUUGUUUGUUUUUUGGAGAUUGGAUUAUCUCGGAGAGAACAUUUCUCGUGAACGGAUCUUUUGACUUUCAAUGCAGUCAUCAUUCUGGUCCUGUCGAAGUGCAAAGUCAGUGUUGAACCCAAACCUUCAGAACCUCAUAGACCUUCAACUGUGAAACAAUGAAAGGUUUUGGACAUUUCAUUCAGAUAUUUGUCUUAAAUUGGACUGGAUAUCAACUGCAAUCAGUUGACUCCAAAUCAAACAGCAUGCUCUGACUUAAAGAUUCAGAAGACAGUUUAUUUCAACACAGGUGGAUUAUAAAGCUGUGAAGAGCAUCAUGUCAUUUGGGGAAUUGAUUGAGCUUGAGGAGCUUGAGGAACGUAUUGAGCUUGCUGAUUCUUUACCAUCCCGGACUCCUCGCUUAGAGAGAGUCAAUGCCUUGAGAAUAAGCCCAGGAAAAUUCCCAGAGCUCUGGAACCGUGUGCGGAUUAUCAGGCUCCUGGGAGACACAACGAAGGACCCACAACUGGUUGAGGAGACAGGAGAAGGCCACGACUUCCAGCCCUGUAGCCAUGCUCAACCCACCUGGUGUGAUCUGUGUGGAGACUUCAUCUGGGGGGUGUACAAACAAAGCCUGCGCUGUGCCAACUGUAGGUUCACCUGCCAUUACCGCUGUAGAGCUCUCAUUAAACUGAACUGUAAUCAGGGUGACGCCUCCACUACCGAUCAGUCCAGUGAUGUCCAGGACAGCAUCGAAACUGACACCAACGUGGAUGAGGUAACGGAAAGCAAGAAACCAGAGCUGUCACAUUCAGAGAUUCAGCAGAAGAUAAAGGAGUAUAAUGCUCAGAUAAACAGUAACCUCUUCAUGUCUUUGAACAAAGAUGGCACCUACAAUGGUUUCAUCAAAGUUCAUCUGAAGCUGGUACGGCCUGUGUCUGUUCCACCUCCACGAAAGGGUGCUUCAUCUCAGGAGCCAGCCAACGGGAAGAGAGGGGGAGCAGUAAAAAGACGCACGUCCUUCUACCUCCCAAAGGACACGGCCAAACAUCUACACAUCAGUUCUCGAACUCGUGCACAGGAAGUGAUUCAGGCCCUGCUUAAGAAAUUCACGGUUAUCGACAAUCCUGCAAAGUUUGCACUGUUUGAGCGCACUGAGCGCCAUGAUCAAGUGUAUCUAAGGAAGCUGCCUGAUGACGAAUGUCCACUGUUCCUGCGUUUGUGUGCUGGUCCAAAUGAGAAGGUGCUGAGUCUUAUACUAAAGGAGAAUGAGACUGGAGAGGUCAAUUGGGAUGCAUUUUCUCUGCCGGAGCUGCAGAAUUUCCUGCGCAUUCUGAAGCGAGAGGAAGAGGAGCAUGUAAAGCAGAUCAUGCAGCGCUAUGCAGUCGCCCAUGAUCGCAUCCAGCAAGCUCUGGUCAGCACCAACCCUGGCUGAUCACAUACCAGAUCCUGUCUUACUGAUGAGUGGUCACUAGGGGGCAUCAGUCUCCGCCAUGUCCAACGAUCCAUAUGGACUAGCAUCAGUGCGAUUAGUGUGUGAGAGUGCGAACGAGUGUGGAAAUGCAAGUGCGCAACCAGAUGUGCGUCUGUGGAGAGAAUGAGUCGUGACUGAGAGCGAGCGAAAGCAUACUGUGGAAUGGACGAGUGAAAAUAGAACACCUUGUCAUGAAUGGUGUGUGAUUUUUUGUUCGAGUGAGUGAAGAGUCCUCAAAAUAGAACAGUGUGUUUCUAUGGAGACUGCACAGGACUCUCUUGACUUCACUGUUGAAGUUGUAAAUGUACUUUUCCUUUCUUCUGUCAGCUAUGAGACUGGAGGGUUUUUUUUGGGGGGGGGGGUCUCCCCCCCUCUUAUCCAGGUCAUUUAAAGUCUUUUGCAAGUCCAUGUGACCUGGACUUGCUGUGCAGUGUUGAAGAUGUCUGGUAUCUCAUCCAUCUGACUUCUUUAGAAUUACUGAGUGGUAGAGAAUCCCAGGGAAUUCCCAAUUAUUCAGUAAAACUGAUGAAGCCCAUUGGAUGAGGCAUGAAAUAUCUUUAGCAUUAAAGCAACAAGACCAGUUGCCUUAACUUACUACUUCUAGACUGUUUUUGCUUGGAUUACUUGUCUUCAUUUCCAGACUUCUCUUGUAACACUGUUCAAACUGAAAAAAAAUAAGAUUUUUUUUAAUCGUCUCUAUUCUUGUUGCAUACCUGAUUAUAAAGCUGUUCUGUCAUUUUUGUGUCCUUUAUAUGUUGUCAGUCCCCUUUUUUUAAAAAAGUAAAAGCAAAGUAAUUCUUAUAUGCAGUCACUUCAUAGUUCAUGGAAACUCCCCAAACCCCCCACACAAUAAGUUAUUUCCUUUUUAUUAGUUAGAUUAGAUAGAACUUUAUUGAUCCCUUUGGGAGGGUUCCCUCAGGGAAAUUAAAAUUCCAGUAGCAUCGUUACAGGAUAAACAGAGAAUCGAAAAUGGAGAACUUCUAGAUAAAUUAAGUAUUUACAUAUGAGUGAUUCCACGCUUAUGGGUACUGAAAUGGGGACAUGAACUUAUUUUUAAAAAUUCACCUAAAACCAUUUCUUUUUUUUUUACCAUCAGGUCACAAAACAUGUAAUCUUUAAUGAAUGAUAUGUUAAAAGAUAACUUUAAUUUUCUGAGAUGUAAUAAAAACAUAUUUAUAUGCCAAAGUCAGAACGUAACAGAAGUGUUGUGGACAUAUAGAUUCUCAAUUUUAACAAUGUAGAAUUACUUUUUGAAACAUAGGAAGGUGAUGUUUUAGCAAAUAUAAUUAAUAAACAUGUGUAGUAGAAUAAACAUACACAUUCUUUCAAUAAAAUUAACAUGGUAUAUAGCUAGAUUGUAAUUAAUUUGUAACAGACGCGAGAUGGACAAUCGUAACAGAAGUAAUGUAACAGACAUCAUUUUGGAACUCAUAGGCUUGACUUUGGCAUAUAAAUAUGUUUUUAUUACAUCUCAGAAAAUUAAAGUUAUCUUUUAACAUAUCAUUCAUUAAAGAUGUUUUGUGACCUGAUGGUAAAAAAAGAAAUGGUUUUAGGUGAAUAAGUUCAUGUCCCCAUUUCAGUACCCAUAAGCGUGGCAUCACUCAUAUACAAAAAAAAAGUCCAGCAGGAGAGGUACUGCACUUUAUAUUGCACAUUGUCCAGUACUGCUUUUUGUCAGGCUAGGCUACUGCUCCUUCCUGUUACCUCUGUCCUCCUGUUACCCCCCCCCCCCCCCCCCCCCCGAGAGGAGUUGCACAGGCUGAUGGCGUGAGGGACAAAGGAGUUUUUAAGUCUGUUAGUCCUGCACUUGGGAAGGAGCAUUCUGUCACUGAACAGGCUCCUCUGGUUGCUGAUGUCAUGUCUGUUCUUGAACUGGAUGAAGUUAUUGUGGAAUAUUGAGUAAGCACACAAUGUGGGUGACCUUGUAAUCUGAAUGAAUUAAGUUUAUAAUAAAUUAAAUCAAAAUCA